AUGAAAACAACGAAAUUUUGCGAACAAUACAGUUAUAAUGGUUCUGGAAAGUCGUACACAAUGAUGGGUGCGCCGGGACCUGACGAAGGCGGCAUUAUACCGAGGCUUUGCGACGCUCUCUUUGAAAGGAUAGCUAUACAACAGUCGCCGCCGGCACUCACUUAUAAGGUGGAGGUGUCAUACAUGGAGAUUUACAACGAACGAGUGCACGACCUGCUGGAUCCAGAGACAACGAGGAGGUCCCUCCGAGUUAGAGAACAUGCAGUACUGGGACCCUACGUGGACGGGCUCUCGCAGCUGGCAGUUACGUCAUUUCAUGACAUCGAUAACCUCAUGACAGAAGGCAACAAAUCACGAACGGUCGCUGCGACAAACAUGAAUAGUGAAUCAUCACGUUCGCACGCCGUCUUCAGCGUCGUGCUGACGCAGACCCUCUGCGAUGCUGCGACCGGGGUCACCGGGGAAAAAGUCGCACGACUAUCACUCGUCGACUUGGCCGGCUCCGAAAGAGCUGUGAAGACUGGUGCCGUUGGUGAUAGGUUAAAAGAAGGCUCUAAUAUUAAUAAGUCACUAACAACGCUCGGCCUAGUAAUAUCAAAAUUAGCAGAUCAAUCGUCCGGUAAGAACAAUAAGGAUAAAUUCGUGCCGUACAGAGAUUCAGUGUUAACUUGGCUGUUGAAGGACAACCUCGGUGGAAACAGUAAGACGGUUAUGGUGGCUACAAUAUCUCCAGCAGCCGAUAACUACGAGGAGACAUUAUCUACACUACGAUACGCUGACAGGGCGAAACGAAUCGUGAACCACGCGGUCGUUAACGAAGAUCCGAACGCGAGAAUUAUUCGCGAGCUACGACAGGAGGUCGAAGCACUCAAGGAGAUGCUCAAGCAUGCUACGGGCUCUCCGGUUGGCGAGGAUGUACACGAGAAAUUGGCCCAAAGUGAGCAUCUCAUGAAGGAAAUGUCACGGACGUGGGAGGAGAAACUCGUUGAGACCGGCCGUGUUCAAAGCGAGAGACAGCACGCGCUAGAGAAAAUGGGCAUAAGCGUUCAGGCGAGCGGAAUCAAAGUGGAGAAGAACAAGUUCUAUCUCGUCAAUCUAAACGCGGACCCCUCGCUCAACGAAUUGCUCGUGUAUUAUCUUAAAGAUCGUACAUUGGUAGGCGCAGAUAGAUCAGCCGACAUCCAGCUAUCUGGGUUAGGUAUACAGCCACAACACUGCCUUCUCGUCGUGGAAAAUGGCGGCCUCAAUAUGGAGCCAGUUGGCGCGGCGAGGUGUUUUGUUAACGGCACGCCUGUUGUGUCACGCGUGAGACUGGGACACGCUGAUAGAAUUCUGUGGGGAAAUCAUCACUUCUUCAGAGUUAAUUGUCCCAAGGACAACAAUGAAUUGGCAACGGCCUCAGAGCCACAAACUCCCGCGCAACCCAUCGACUACAACUUUGCUCGGGACGAGAUAAUGCUCAACGAAUUAAGUAACGACCCCAUUCAAACUGCUAUUUCGCGAUUGGAAAGACAGCACGAAGAAGAUAAACAGGUUGCGUUGGAGAAACAGAGACAAGAGUACGAACGACAAUUUCAGCAGCUACGGAAUAUACUAUCUCCAUCAACACCAUACCCGCCAUACUCGUAUGAUCCGCUCAAAUUAGGGAAAAUGACGGCAUGUACACCCACUACGGCUGCUCGCGUUGAACGCUGGGCCGCGGAAAGAGACGAUACAUUCAAACGAUCUAUAGGAAGACUCAAAGCUGACAUAUUACGGGCCAAUGCUUUGGUGCAAGAAGCCAAUUUUCUCGCUGAGGAAAUGAGGAGGAACACACGGUUUAGCGUCACACUACAGAUACCGCCGCAGAAUUUGAGUCCUAAUAGAAAGCGCGGUGCGUUUGUAUCUGAGCCGGCUAUCAUGGUGAGGCGUCCGUCUCGCGGUGCGCAAGUCUGGUCUAUGGAGAAAUUGGAGAACAAACUGGUCGAUAUGCGGGAUAUGUACGACGAAUGGCGACAUAGGCAGCAAACUGACGAGGAAAUUGACGAGCAAGAAGAAAAAGCGCUGGAUCCAUUCUACGAGUCACAGGAGAAUCACAAUUUGAUCGGGGUUGCCAACAUAUUCCUUGAAGCUCUAUUUCAUGAUGUUACGCUGGACUAUCAUACACCCAUUAUCAGCCAGCAGGGAGAGGUUGCAGGAAGACUGCAGGUCGAAAUAAGCCGCGUGUCCGGGCAGUUUCCACAAGACCGUAUCUGCGAGGCGGCUUCAGACAGCUCUGGUGAUAUGAGAGACGACGACGAACCAAUCGAUCCGAUGACACAGCAAGUGACAAUACGAGUUGUGAUCAAGCAAGCCAGCGGUCUGCCGCCGUCGUUGUCGAACUUUGUCUUCUGCCAAUACUCGCUGUGGGGUGGUGGAGAACCAGUAGUUGUCGCUCCGCAAGUAUCGGCCGACACGCCUCCGCCCGCCCCCGUACCCGUAACCGUGCCCGUUACAACUAGUCCCAGACAUCACCUCCUCACGUUUCGUUUCGAUCACAAACGAGACUUCACUAUACCGCUCACUGAGGAGUUUAUAGAACAUUGUGCAGAGGGCGCUCUAUCCAUCGAAGUGUGGGGUCAUCGAUCUGCUGGAUUUAGCCGUACCGUUGGAAAUUGGGAAGUGGAAGCACAACAGUUGGCUAAAGCCCGCUCCUUAGCGGAUAGAUGGGCUGAACUCACGCGCAAGAUUGAGUUGUGGGUUGAGAUACACGAGCUGAACGACCAGGGAGAAUAUGCCCCAGUAGAGGUUGUUCAACGGCCAGACAUUUUGACUGGCGGUGUAUACCAAUUACGCCAAGGUCAGCAAAGACGUGUAGCUGUUCGCGUGCGGCCCGCUGCUAACUCGGGAACACUGCCUAUUAUUUGCCAGCAUAUCGUCAGCGUCGAAGUGGGAUCUGUCACUGUCAGAUCGCGACUGCAAAAACCAUUGGAUUCAUACCAAGAGGAGGAUCUGGCUGUACUCCGAGAGCGAUGGAGCGAAGCAUUGGCCAGGCGGAGACAGCACUUACAUGCACAAUUACAGAAACUCGUAAACAUGUCUCCAUCGUUGAAAAGUGAGAGGGAUAUGGAGAGAGAACAGUCACUAGUGGAGCAAUGGGUGUCGCUUACAGAAGAGAGAAAUGCAGUGUUGGUACCGAGCCCUGGUAGCCCAAUACCUGGAGCACCUGCCGCUUGGAACCCACCAUGCGGCAUGGAACAGCACAUUCCGGUUUUGUUCCUUGAUCUCAAUGCCGAUGACUUAACCACUCACGGAUCUGGUGAAGAGGUUUCUGUUUCCGGGCUACACUCAAUCUUGCCCAAAGAACACGGGAACAGAUUUUAUGAACUCCAGCUGGUUCAUCAUCAUCACAAAGACGUGUCAGCUGUUGCCGCUUGGGACUCUUCUAUACACGAUUCGCAGUAUCUCAAUAGGAUUACGGAGGCCAACGAACGUGUAUACUUAAUACUGAAGACAACUGUUCGGUUAUCACAUCCGGCGCCCAUGGAACUGAUUCUGCGCAAGCGCCUCGCUCUCAAUAUCUAUAAGCGCCAGAGUCUCACUGAUCGGAUACGGAAGAAGAUUGUCAGAGUCGACCAGUUGACACAGACAGGUGUGACCUACGAAGUGGUAUCGAAUAUCCCCAAAGCAUCUGAAGAGUUGGAGGAACGGGAGAGUCUGGCACAGAUCGCUGCCACCGGCGAGGAGGCGAGUGCAGCUGAUGGAGAGACUUAUAUCGAGAAAUAUACGCGAGGUGUUAGCGCCGUUGAAAGCAUUCUAACAUUGGAUCGUCUUAGACAAAGCGUCGCAGUAAAAGAGUUGGAACAAGCUCGCGGACAACCAGUUACCAUGCGCAAGACAGCCUCUGUACCAAACUUCUCACAGGGUGCUUUCUCACGACGCGACGCGUUCCAAACGCUUUGCAACGCGACUAGAUAUGUCGUUGAUUUCGUAUCGUCACUGCAAGGGCAGGAUGAGUACGAUACUCGAGAUAGCGCGGGGCGUUGCGUGAUUAUGCGUUUGGAUUCAUCGUUCGAGUCGUUAGCCGGGCUAGCUGCGGCUCGCUCAGGAAGUGUCGCGGAUCUCGCCGACGAAACGCCCAGACGCAAUAUGCAUCGGCAUUCGUACGCGGCGCCCGCGCACACCGACGCAGAUAUGUCCACGCCCACAAAACCCUUUGGACUCGCGUCUCCGGCGAGUGGGAAAUUGGGUUUACGUAUGACAACACUGCACGAGGAACCGGGGCGGCGAAACGAAGAGGAUUCGCACUCGGAGCCCGAAUCGGCGCCUUCCGAUGAACUAACAACGCCACGGUCACAACGAACUCGGCCCAGAGCUACAUCGCGCGGCUUUUUACCAACGUCAAAGACACUAGAUUCCCUUCACGAGUUGGCAUGUGAGAGGAUCCCCAACAAGAAUUCACCAUCGAUUUCCUCCAGUGGUUACGGCUCUCAGGCGGUGUCCUCGACAAAUCUCACGAACGACGACACGCUAUCCAUUCGCAGUAUGUCCGUAGAUGACACACCAGACUUCGACAAGGUCAUGGACUACACGCACCUGAACCGGACCAAGACGUCAGUGGCUGGACUAAGACACGAAAUCAGCGAGCUCAGAAGCGACAUAACCGACUUGAAGAAUGAAAUAGUUGAAUCUAAGAAUGAAUUGGAAGACGUGGCGUACGAGAAGACAAAAACUCCAGUUCUCACCCCCGGCUCUAGGAACAGAAUAAACCCAUUCUUACGGGAUUGUGAGGAGGCGAUGAAGGAGGAAAAGGGUCAGAUAUUAGAUCCACUCGGAGCUAUACCGGUGGAGACGCAUGUGGUAGCUACUAGUCAGAAUCGAACGGACACUCAGGUCAACGGGGAAACUGCACAUGAGACGUCAUUCGGUGAAGUAGAAGUUGAGUCUGUAAGCUCAGAGCAGUCGAGUCACGAACCGCGAAGUCGCGAAGCUUCUUCCGUAGGAGAAAGCGACUCUCCCGGACCGGACCCCGUCAUAAAUACAUCUCUCCCUGCUGGAAAGGUGGUCAGACGUCGAGCUGGCGCGGCGAGAAGUGCCGCACGUGCCUCGUAUCCGUCCGGUCGCACGAAGUCUCAUGAUCAUGCGCAGCCAUUAAAGGACACACCCGCGUCCUCCACCGAGCGAAUCGUUCACGACGAAUCUUCAGAAAGUGACCGAUCCCACUCAGUGCCAGAGUGGAUGUGCGUUGGCGAGAGUGUACAACUGCGGCUUAGCAGUAGCACGGGCGUGGUAGCUUAUGUCGGCCCCACCCACUUCGCCUCUGGCACAUGGGUCGGCGUUGAACUAGACGCGCCAACUGGUAAAAAUGACGGAUCCGUAGGUGGGACCCGUUAUUUCGAGUGCCGCGCACGCCACGGCAUCUUCGUCCGUGGCGACAAGCUGAUACAGGAUCGGCGCGGGCGCAGCGCCAGAGCUUUCCGUGAAAACGAACUGAAGCGUGCGACUAGCAAAGGUGAGGGCCUACAUAACCUGCACAGAUCUAGGAGUCGCGGCGACAGCAUAAACGCCGUCGGCACCAAGACUAGAAGCAAAUAA